AUGGGCACACCACUCAGGAAACUCUCUCCAUCGAAUCACCAUGGAGAUGUACUCUGUUUUCUUCUGGGUAGAGAACAGGACUCCGUUGUUCUUCCAUCCAGUACACGGGCGACGGGGCCGGCGGGGGCGGCGGGGCCGGUGGGGGCGGCGGGGCCGCGCGGGCCGCCCGGCACGGACGGCCGCGCCGGCGACACGGGCCUCCCGGGCCCUCCUGGCAAGCCGGGCGAGAUGGGGCCGAAGGGGGACAAGGGCGAUUACGGCGACAUGGGCUCGCCGGGCAUGCUGGGCGCGCCGGGGCUGCCCGGGCCGCCGGGCUACCCGGGCCUCAAGGGCGACAAGGGCGACAAGGGCGACUCGAAGUACAGGAAGCUGAGAAGAAGGCAGAUGAUGGGGCCGCCGGGCGCGCCGGGGACGCCGGGGCUGCCCGGCGUGGCGGGCCCGCCCGGCAUCAAGGGCGACAAGGGCGAGCCGGGCGCGCGCGGCAAGGCGGGAGAACGUGGAGAAAAGGGAGAUGCGGGUCCGAUGGGGCUUCCGGGUCCGGUGGGGCUGCCGGGCGAGGCGGGCGAUGCGGGCCCUCGGGUGAGUAGCGCACUAACAGAGCGAACUAACCGCGCGGUGGCG